UCUGCAGCUCUGUGAAAGCGGAAGUGACCUGCCUCAUGAUCACGUGUUGUAUGUAGAGCGGAAGCCUCCAAUCAGCGUACAGUUGUGUCGCUGCGGCUAACAUCGACCCCGGGAGAUCCUUGAGUUUCCCAACAUGAGUAGCUCAGAGGAAGUGUCGUGGAUUUCUUGGUUUUGUGGUCUACGGGGAAACGAGUUCUUCUGUGAGGUAGAUGAAGACUACAUUCAGGACAAGUUUAAUCUUACGGGACUCAAUGAGCAAGUUCCCCAUUACAGACAAGCCCUUGACAUGAUCCUGGAUCUGGAACCUGAUGAGGAGCUGGAGGACAACCCUAACCAGAGUGACCUGAUUGAGCAGGCUGCUGAGAUGCUGUACGGACUGAUCCACGCACGCUAUAUUCUCACUAACCGUGGCAUUGCCCAGAUGCUGGAGAAGUACCAGCAGGGAGAUUUUGGCUACUGCCCUCGUGUUUACUGUGAGAAUCAGCCAAUGCUGCCUAUUGGGCUCUCUGACAUUCCUGGUGAGGCCAUGGUGAAGCUCUACUGCCCUAAGUGUAUGGAUGUGUACACACCCAAGUCGUCCAGGCACCAUCACACCGAUGGAGCCUAUUUUGGCACUGGCUUUCCCCACAUGCUCUUCAUGGUGCAUCCCGAGUACCGGCCAAAGAGGCCUGCCAACCAGUUUGUGCCCAGGCUCUAUGGUUUCAAGAUUCACCCAAUGGCUUACCAGCUACAGCUGCAGGCAGCCUCCAGCUUCAAGAGUCCCGUCAAAGCGAUCCGCUAAGAACCUGAGCGGGGCGGGAUGGGGUGGGACGGGGUGGGUUGUGUGUCCGUCGGCAUGGCCUCGCUCUUCUCCAACAAUUUUAGAUUCGACCGAGAUUUAAAUACGGAGAGAGCGAGACUGUUAAAACACUCUGGGGAGAAACGAAAACCUUACCUCUGAAACACUGUACAGAAAACGGAGUGUUCCUUGUGAAAAUGAUUUCAGUUCUUAACCUCCACAUAGAAAAUAAAGUUAUAAUUAAAGAUAGAUACCUGUAGGAUGGCUCUGCUCACUCUCUGGUCCUGUUUGUUUUAGUUCGUAUACGAAAGCGUUGUGAAUUGACGCGACGGGUUGAUUGAUCGUUAAAUCCGCAGUUAUAUCGUCGUUCGGUCCCCUCCUCCGUGCAACCAGAUAUUUGGCUUACUUUAAAACGGCUGUUGCAUGAAAAAGGCAGUAUAUUUUGGAUUUGUUUUAAGCUGGGAUCGUCUGUGACUGUUCUUUGUUGACAGACUGCAAGCUUUCAGUGCAUGUAUUAGAAAAGACCAGAUAUGGGAAGACACAAUUGCAAUCAGGAACCUGUCUCUGUCUUAAUUAGACAAGUGUUUUGUUUUAAUCAUCAGUCCUGCACUGCUCGUCGGAACGACGCCAGCCUGUUCAGUUCCUCCGGUGUCAGAGAGAUUUUACUAGAUUUACCACAGAACCACAAUUUGGAUGUUUUUUAUGUUUGGUAUGGGCCCAGGUUUUUUCUUCUCUUGUUUAAAGUAUUUCUUCUGGUAGAAAGGCGGAAGAGUAGAAUAUAUAAAUCAGUUUGAAUGUGUUUUUUUUUUUUUUUUUUCUUCUCCUUUACAGCUGUUGAGGAACCAGGGUUCAGAAUUCACAAUAAAUGUCUUUUCCUAA